GAAAUCUAGUAAACAAUCAAAUAUUAUUGGAUUACAUAAAAUUCAAUUGAAAUUGGAUUUCGAUUUCGAUUUGAUUUGAAGGGCUAAUUCAGAUCAGACCUAAACCGGCCCGCGCUAGAAUCUACAUGAACACUGGUGCAGCCGGGCAAAGUACAGAAGCAUGUGGUAGGAGUAGUCGACGAGGAUUUUGGUUGCCGUCUUCUCUCUGCUCUCGUCCCUCGCAUUUUCCUAAUUUGCUCAAUUCCAGAGCCCAUGAUGUUGGGUGGUGGUGGCUCUCGUAUUUCCCACCACUUACGAGAGUCCAGCUACCUCCGCCACCAUCAAUUAGGGUUUUGCAAAACCAGAAUCGUCCAGCUCUCUUCUCUCAUCUUCACACCUUCCUCCGUCACUAUAAUCGCCGACAAUUGUAAUAAUCGCCAUUUUCGUCUCCGAUUGAAGCACAGAAUGGUGUCUUCUUUCAGCCUCCAAUCCAAAUCAUCUGGUGAAAUCCCCAUUGUGUCUGAUUGUUUCAGCCAAGAAGAAGAUGAUCAUCAAAUUCCAUCUGAAGGGUUGUCUCCUGUGGCAGGAGGUAUAGUAGCACUUGGAAAGUUUGACGCUCUUCACAUUGGUCAUCGAGAACUUGCCAUUCAAGCAUCAAAAGUUGGAAGUCCAUAUCUUUUAUCUUUUGUAGGAAUAGCAGAAGUACUUGGAUGGGAGCCUAGGGCUCCAGUGGUUGCUAAAUGUGAUCGGAGUAGGGUUCUUACCUCUUGGGCCCCAUACUGUGGUAAUAUAGCCCCAUCAGAGUUCCAUAUUGAAUUUUCAAGCGUUCGACAUCUCAGCCCACAGCAGUUCGUUGAGAAGUUAUCCAAGGAGCUCAGAGUAUGUGGAGUGGUGGCAGGGGAAAACUAUCGGUUUGGAUAUAAAGCUGCUGGUGAUGCAUCAGAGCUUUUGAGGCUCUGUGAGGAGUAUGGUAUGGGGGCUUACAUUAUAAAUUCUGUUAUGGACAAGAAUAAAGAUUCUGGAAUCAUUGACUUGAACGAUCUAAAGGAUAGAGGACAAGUCUCAUCUACCCGCGUUCGCCAUGCUUUAGCUCUAGGUGAUAUGAAAUACGUGUCAGAACUUCUAGGUCGUAGACAUCGUCUCAUGUUAAUGCUAAAAGAAGAGAAAGGUUUUACUAAUAGUAGUGGUAGAUGGAAGGCUUCUAUUCCAAAGUCUUGUCUAUUAAAUCUUCCACCAAAGGAUGGUUUCUACGAGAACUGUUUUCUUUUAUUUUGUGACGAGAACAUGGUGAAAUGUAGUGUAUUCAUUGAUUCCACAUUUAUCCAUUUAGAAACAGAUGAGGUAGGUCUUAAUAAUUUCAGUGUUUCUCAAGACUUCCAGCUCUUGGGUGUUGAAUUUGGUCAUUGAGGAACCCAUUGUGCUUAAUUUAUUUGUUCUCAAUUUUGUUUUCAUGAAAUUGAAACAGUUCACAGAGAAGCUUCAUCAAUGUCUCAAAGAAAAUGAUGUAUACAAGCUGGCCGCACUUGAGGGGCGGGGGGAGGGGGAGAGGAUCCUUGUUGGUUUAUUUUUAGUUGAAGCUCAUAUUAUAUUGUACCUCAAUACAUAAUGAACUCUGUUCACUGUUCUGUGAAUUGUUUUUAUUGAGAAGUGCAACUCCCAACAGAAUACAGUAUGGGCUCUAUGACAUUAAUGCUGACAUGAGUUUUCUUUUGGUUCAACAAAUUUUCAGUCACUGAUGAUUUUGUCUUAGUUUCUUUUUCUAUCUAAGCUUGAGUACAAGCAUUGGGAAAGUUCUAGAGAACUUGUAGACAGCUGGAACGAUGGAAAGGGAAGUGGCUAGACAUAUUGUGAAACCUGUGGUAACGAUAAGCAACUCCAUUACUCGUCCCUUUUAAUGUUUGUUCUUGUCAUCAGGGUUCUCUUGAGAUGCGAAUUUGAGUCUUUAUUAUUUAUUCUUUUGUUUUGCUUGGAACUGACAUUUUUGUUUAACCCGAUAGGAAUAAAUAUAUGUAUUUCCUUUAAACUCUUUGCCAAUAUAAUUUUUUUUUCUUAAAAAAAAAAAAACUCAAUGAUGUGUGCAUAUGCACAUGAACACAUCCUGCAUUGAAAAAGGUGUAUACAGAAGUUUAUGUAAUAUUGCACUUGCCUCAGGUCUACUUGAGAUACGAGUAAUGGUAUUUUAGUUUGUAAACACUGAAUAAAAAGCUAAAUAAGUAUUGGUAUUCUUCUCCUGCUAUUCAUGGGAUUCAUUUGAGUAAUAGCAUGAAGCAGAUUGCCUGUUGUUUUGACUGCUAAAUGAUGGUUAUAGCAAUGUUUUGCUAAUUGCUUGCACAAUGAACAAAUAAUUCACCAUUCUAUCUGGAAAGUGACAACUGAUGUGAUAUCGCACUAGGUAUUGAGUUGGAGUCAGAAGCAAAACCUCCAUGAUUGGCUGUGAUUUGUCAUUAAUUGAUUUUGAUACAUGGUCGAAUGUGGAUGGCUCAAGAGGGGUUUCGUAGUUUUGGCUUAGAGGAGGCAUGAUAAAUUGUUUGAAUUUCCUUACUGAAGCUCAUUAGCAACAGAAAUAAAAGUGAAUAUUUUUGUUCUUACGGUAUUUGUCUUGCAUGUGAACGUUGAAUUUUGAUGAAGGUGUUGAGUAAGCUAGGGCAAACUAUUAUUUUUAAUUUUGCAAGGGCAGCAACAGAAGCCAUCAUGAGUAAUUGAUGUUUCCAGGGAUUGAAGCUUGCCAUAUCUGAUGAUGUAUUCUCAGGGGUGGUUAACUUGAAACCAAUGUGUAACAUAUUGAUGUACUAUCAUUAUACAUCGAAACGAAGGCUAUUUAUUUGUUGUAGGCACAGAGUCAAUUUGCCUACGAGUUACUGAAAUUGGCUUAAGUUGUUCAGAUCC